ACUCAACUCUCCCGAGUUUUGAUGUGUACGAAAACACGGCGAAGCGGAUUGAGACACAUUUUAUUCUACAAGUCGUUCUAAAAAGUUUCAAACUUUGUUGUUUAUCAAUUAAACUCGAACUUUUUGUCUGUUUUAUAAGUGAUAGUGGCUGUUUUUUGUGCUUGGAUGGACUUACAGUGAACUUUUAAUAACUUUUGUGUUUAUGUUUUUAUUCUAAACAGUUUUAAUUUAAAAAGUUGAGACUAUGCGUCACCGCAGAUUCUGGGUCUACAAUAAUAAUAGGUUCAGGAUCGUGGCAAAAUGAGGCGGCAGAAGUAAAACCAUUUACAAAAUCCCAAAAUGACUUCUAGUGCCUUUUCGUGCCUUUCUAAAUUCAACCUAAACCUCUUACCUUUUAUUUUGAUAUAUUUCAUCAAAUUAGGCCAUGGAUGGUUGCCAAAUACCAGCACAAAACUAAUAAAUUCUGCCAAUAAAUUAUCUAGUAUAACAUUUAGGGGUAAUACAACCUCAUUAGAUCAUUUUACUGUCUUGUAUCAAGACGAAAAUUCCAUAUUGCUUGGAGGAAGAAACCAAAUUUACAAUUUAUCGGUGUUCGAUUUUAACGAACGUAGGGAUUCAACAAUAUUUUGGCCUUCCUCAGAAGCGCACAGCCAACUUUGUAACCUCAAAGGAAAAUUUGAAGAUGAUUGCCAAAAUUACAUAAGAAUACUGUUUCCUACAGCCCCCGGAAAAUAUCUUAUUUGUGGCACCAAUUCGUACAAGCCCAUCUGUAGGAUACUACAAGAAAAGAAUGGACAAAUUAUCAUCGAAAAAGAAAUGGAAGGAAUAGGUUUAUGUCCUUACGAUCCGGACCAUAAUAGUACCUCGAUAUAUAGCAAUGGUCACCUGUUUUCAGCUACUGUAGCUGACUUUUCAGGAACAGAUCCACUGAUAUACAGGGAACCUCUACGCACAGAACUUUCUGAUCUCAGGCAGCUUAAUGCUCCAAAUUUUGUUAGUACUCUGACGUACGGGGACUACAUCUACUUCUUUUUCCGUGAAACUGCUGUUGAGUACAUGAACUGCGGCAAAGUGAUAUAUUCGAGAGUGGCGAGAGUAUGUAAGCAUGACAAAGGAGGACCACAUCAGUCACGUGACCGUUGGACCACAUUUUUAAAAGCAAGACUGAAUUGCUCCGUACCUGGAGAUUAUCCAUUUUAUUUUGAUGAGAUUCAAUCGACUACUAGUGUGAUUGAGGGUAACUAUGGUGGAAAUAAAAAUGCCAAAAUCAUCUACAGUGCGCUUACAACCCCGGAUAAUGCGAUAGGAGGCUCUGCUAUAUGCAUUUUCGACAUGGAAGACGUCCAAAGCGUCUUUCAAGGUCCGUUUAAGCAUCAAGAUAGCAUUAACGCCAAUUGGUUGCCCGUUCCCGAUAAUAAAGUACCGUCUCCUCGACCAGGAGAAUGUGUUCAAGACAGUAGAGUUUUAGCUGAUAAAAAUGUUAACUUCAUAAAGACACAUCCGAUGAUGGAAAAGGCUGUCCCACCUCUCUUUGGACAACCGCUGCUUAUUAGAAUCAGUUUACAUUAUAGGUUUACAGCGGUUACAGUUGAUCCGCAAGUCAGGACUGUCAACGAUGAAACAUACGAUGUCAUUUAUGUUGGAACAGAUGAUGGAAAGAUACUUAAAGUAGUGAACAUCCCCAGUUCGACAGGACCACCACAGGCAGUUGUGAUUUCAGAAAAUGAAAUAUUUUCCAGGAAAACACCUGUAAAACAACUUAGAAUAGCUCCUCGUUAUGGAAGAGUAAUUGCUGUUAGUAAAGCAGAAGUGAAGUUGGUCACUAUAAACCACUGUGAGCACUACAGUCGAUGCAGUGAUUGCUUGGAGCUACGUGAUCCCCACUGCGCUUGGGAUUCGAUAAAAGGGACCUGCGUGAGCGUAGACACUGCGACAUCUUUUAGAUAUUUAAUUCAGGAUAUCAGAAACGGCAGUGCUGUGAGAUGCAGAAUUCAACCAUCAGAUAAUACAAUUACAACCAAAGAAGACAACACAAUCCCCAUUGAUAAGAAUUCUUUAGAUACCGAUAAGGAUUUAAUUGACCCCCUAUUGAACUUAGACACCGAAUCUACUGACUGUAAUGAGGUGGACGGUGAAAAAGUAAAAGGUUGUGCUUCGCAAAGCAAACUUACACUUUACACAUCAGAGUACCUGCAUAUCAUCGUGGCGGUAGCCAGUUUGGCGGGCCUAUUUGUGGGAUUUCUUUGUGGUUAUCUAGUCUCCCGGCGAUUUCACGUGCAUUCGCAAUUCCCUUCUCCGACGUUUAUUGAACAGCACAACCAUUUAGAUAGAUUAACAGUAAAUCAGACUAGUUUUUUAGCACCGAGGACGAAGACGGUUAACCUAGACGUCUUAAACGUCUCAACGGACUCCCUCCCGCCGAAGAAGGAUAAUCUAGGUUCUUUAAAAAACUUAAACAUAACUAAUGAAGGAACUCUGCAGAAAAUAAAAAAAACAUAUAUAUGAUUGUAAAAAUCCUGCUUUAAUUUGUGCAAAAACAUUACAUGAGUACCAAUCAUUAGGUACCUUUAUUUACCACAAUCAUUCAUUCUUUUGCUAAUAAUGGUUCGUUUUUCUUGUACCUGCUAUAAUAUUGAUAGACUGCAUAUUUCUUUGGUAUCUGCAAAGAAUCAAUCCAUGUUUUAAUUAUUGACUUCGAUUAUUUCAUAACAAAAUGUAGUAUUAACAUUAUUUUACUACCAAAAUGAAUAUUUGAAUACCAAUAAAAACAUUCGAAUACAAAUAGAAAUAAUUUGUAUUCGUUUAUUGAAUUUUGUAUUAAAAAGAGUAUUAAUAGUAAAGUAUUCAACUUAAAUGAUAGUAUUCAAUUUGAAUAAAAGUAUUUUUAUUAAAAUACACUUUUUAUUCGCUUACUAAUCAAAGUAGUUGAAGUUACAUACUACAAAUUAAAAAGGUAGCAUCUUUUUAUAAAAUAAACGAAGUCUAUAGAAUUUUUUGCGCAUCUUUCGAAAUAUUUUCGAGCUCAAUGUACAGAUAAUUUUAAGUUCGUAGGUAAUUCGAAAAUCUUGUUUUUAACUUAUAGUUUUUAUUUGCAAACCCCGAUAACGAUGAUUUAAGGUAAUAAUUGUUAAAUGACUAGCAGCUAAAUAAUUAUUAAACAAUUAAGUGGAUGGUUUAGGCUCAAACACCGUUAUGAUAUUCUACUUCUUUGUGCUGAUUAUUGCUACGUUUGAAAUGUACCUCAUCGAGCAGAGCGAGUAGAUUUUUUGGUCACGUGACAUCGAGCAAACCAUAUCAAUGGAGCAAACGGAACAAAAAGGGCGGUAUCGAGUAAAAAAAGCAAAACUAGGUACUUUUCAAACGCAGCAUAAGUUGGAGGCAAAUGCGCGCCAAUAAGAACUGCCGGAUAUAUUGAUUUAGUCUUUUGAACGUUUCAAAUUUGAUGUAUGAUUGCAGGCAUUAUCAUUUUUUGAACAAUAUUUUACACACUUUGUUCUGGGAUUUAACGUAUGUAAUUCUUACAGUUAUCAGAAGAUAAUAAUUUCGUAAAGAAAAGCUGUGUACUAAUUAUUAGAUUCGCUUGUGUUGAUUUCAAAAAAUUCAUUAAUCUUUGUUAAAUAGGACCCCUAGUAAUUCCUUCUUUUAUCUUCAUAUUAGCAUCUUUCUGGACAAAUUAAACAGGUUAGUUGCUCCAUAAAACAUCUAGUGUAGGAAUUUGUUGUAAUUGUACAAUUCUUUAGUUAAUUGGGCGAUUCUGUGGGAGCUCGGUUUUUUUUCUAUCAUUAAGAAGAAUAGACCAAAGAAAGGUUUUCAUCAAACUAAUCAUUCCACUUGUUCCUUAUUUGACUUGUCGUGCUAGAACUAAAAUUUAUUUGUCUAGAAAAGUGUUUUUCCUUAUUGAUUCUCACUGGUUUAUUUUUGAGAAUAUUGGUGAAAUAAUAAACUUGCAUUAGACGUUAAUGAUUAGUAAUCGAAUAUGUUAAAAACUUGUUGAAAUGCCUAUUAUCAAAUAAUACAAAAUUGCAACGUUAAAAAAAUUAGACAAAAUCUUUAUCCGAACUUACUUUGAUCAGUAUAAAAUUUGAAACGUAUGAAAUUGUUUUCGUGCUACUUCUUGGAAACAUUAAAGAAUUCAUAUAUUUUGAUACUGUUGUAUACAAAAAAAUUCAACAAAGUGGUGUUUGAACUAAAAAAUAAAUGUGAUAAAAUAUCGAGCUUUUGCAGUAAAAUAUCACUAGGUAAAAUGAAAAUAUUACCUCAAAAUUUUGACCCCAUGUACAUUAUUUUUUAAGUAUAUUUUAGUAAAACGAAAUAUGUCCGAUUAGUUGUAUUUGUCAGGAGGCUAAACUUUUUAGAAGUAAUUUACAUGCGUCUCGAAUAAUUUUUAACUGUGUUUCUGUCAUUGCAAGAAUUUUUUAUAUUAUUUAGUUCGUAUUACAAAAUAUUUAUGUAUAACAAUCAGUUUAGAUGUAAUUUACUGAAGUUAUUUUGGUAUUUUUUGUAAAUAUUUUAGUCGAAAAUCUUUCAAUGACUAGAAAACAGAAGAUGUACAUUUUUUAUAAAAUUUUAUCUUUCUAUAGUAUUAAGUUGAUUACAAUUAUGUAGAUUUAUGUUUUUAAAUUUUAUUAAGCAAAACAAAGGUCCGUACUUUUGUAUUCUCUAUGCAAAUUGAAUCUCAAUCAUUUUUAUCUAAAGUCUAUUAAAUACUUUUUAUCCUGCUUGUCGUUUGUAGGCAAUUUUUUGAUGUAUUUAUACUCAUUGCAAUUUUCCAAUCAUUUUUUGUUAAUUAAAAUAGAUAAGCUCAAUAAUUUGUAACUGUACAUAAUAUUGUCUUUCUGUAGUUGUUCAUGUAAGUAAUUUGUGUUUGGCUGUGACCUUCGAAAAUUGUUUGCCUAUUAAUUAAAUAAUAGAUUUCUGAUAUCAUUUUAAGUACCUUCAUGUAAUCAAAAUACUCUAUAGUUAUAUUAUGACAUUGUCUCAAAUUUUGUAAAGUACAUUAUAUUUCUGUCUUGAAUACAUAUACAUGAUUAUACAUUCCAGUCCAUAAAUAGUUG